AUGGAAACAUAUCACGGUCUCGUCCGCACUCCGGCGGACGCCAUCAUCCUAUUCGAAGCCUGCAGACUAGGACUCCUUCCUCGCGUACAACGUCGCCUGUCGGAAAAGGAACGACAAGCUAUCAAAUCAGGCUCUGUGUUUGUGUGGGAUGAACGGGAAGCAGGCAUGCGCCGAUGGACAGAUGGCAAAUCGUGGAGCGCUAGUCGGGUUUCCGGCAGCUUUUUGACAUAUCGUGAGAUGGAGGGCAAGCGUGGAGGCGGCGUUUCAACAUCUCGCAGUGAAAAGACCCCCGACAGCCGGGGAAACAGUGACGACGACAGGGAUGGAUCGGAAGAUGGCCCGGAUGGAUACCGAUACAAGCCAGAUGGUCUCAUGAAACAGUCGUUCAGCAUCACCACCUCCGCAGGACAGCACCUACACCUCAUCAGUUACUACGCCCGAUCACAUCCUACCGCCCCCAACUUCAACCAACCUUCCACUGAUCCGGCUCUACGACAUAUUCGCCCACAAAAGGGUCUCUAUCCAGAGUCAACAGUCAAUGAUCAACAGAACCUGCCGGUUGUCACUCGAGGUCCAAUGCCAGGUACCAUGACAUUGUCUCCCCACAUGCACAUGGCUGGCUUUCCUCGAAAUGGUGCCACUCACCCGCAGUCAUAUGCUCCUCUCUACAGUUGGCCCCCGACCCCUUCGGCGACUCCUCCCACUGCAACUGUGCCAUAUCAUCCUGGACAAAGCUACCUCCCACCUCUUGGGGGCCCUUCACCUUACGGACAACUACCACCACAUCCUCAAGCAGUCGCGGGUCCUCCUCAUCCUGCUGCUCACCACCAGCUUCCUACACCUUCUGAGCGAUCACUUCACCUCGAUACAACACUACCACCACCUGUAGCAUCUGGCACUGUCUCCGCACCUGGUUAUCCUGGUUACAACCGUUCUCCUCGCUCUGGUCCUAUGUCUAUAGAGGCACAAAGAGUCCAUUCUCCAAGUUAUGCAAUUAAAGCAAAUUUGCCUGGACAGACAGACCCGCGGUUGAUGUCUCCUCGGUCUCAAAAACAACCAGGAUCCAACAACGAAAACCGGGCGUCUCCAAGACAACCUAUCACACCCAAUCAAUCCCAUCUGCCGCCACCUCAAGGGCAUGAGGCUCCAGCAACAGGUGCAACCGUGCCCAGCAUCGUGACAUUUAUGAACGGGCCUGCUACUUCACCUUACUCAAAAUUAAACGGCAGCCCAAGUUCUCUACGAGUGGAAGGGCCCAAAGAUAUUCCUAGCGACAAGAUUGGAUUCGGUGGAGAAGAUAUGCGCGCUCUUCGACAGUUGGAUCGGGUAUUCACAGCCUAG